AUGUCAAUCUCACCAUGCUGCAUCCAAGGCUCCGCAUGGGAAGGCACCCCCAGCGGGCGCUGUAGUAAGCUCGGCAACAACGAUGUUUAUAUCACCGGAGACAACCCAGACGUGGCGAUCUUAUUCACCACCGACCUGUUCGGUUGGACAUUCCCAAACGCUCGCCUCCUAGCUGACUACUAUGCAACUGAGAUCGGCGCCACUGUCUACGUACCUGACUUUUUUGGUGGCGAAAUCCUUGAUUUUGAACUUCUUUCCAACGAGCAAUUCCAUCUAAUUGAUCUCGCGGGAUUUAUGAGCCGGAAUGGCCGGCAGCAACGCGAGUCGGAGAUCUUCGAGUGUGCGCGACUCUUGAAGCAGCAACUAGGGUAUCAAAGGGUCGGCGCAGUUGGGUAUUGCUAUGGCGGAUGGGCGUCGUUCCGGCUCGGCGCGAAGGAACAUACGUUGGCAGGCCAGUCGUUGGUAGAUUGUGUCUCGAUUGGUCAUCCCUCGCUACUCACAAAAACGGAUAUCGAUGAAGUCGCAGUUCCCGUGCAGAUCCUGGCGCCCGAGAUCGAUCAGAUGUAUUCUGCGGAGCUGAAGUUACACACGUUUAAGACGCUGCAGUCAUUGCAGCUGCCAUUUGAUUACCAGCAUUUUCCGGGCGUCGUCCAUGCAUGCCUUGUGCGGGGAGAUAAGAAUAAGCCGGGGGAGAGGGCAGCCAUGUCGAGAGGGAAGCAUGCCGUCGUGGCGUGGUUUAAACAGUUUUUAAAGGAUUCGCAGUAG